AUGUCAUCCGCCGUGCAACCCGAACAACCGGUCCCCGCGACGCAGCUCAACGGCGCCGUGGCAGCCGACCCGCGGCCAGUGAUCUGCGUCUUCUGCGGCGCCAGCAGCGGAACGUCGCCGAAGCACCUGGAGGCGGCGCGGUCGCUGGCGCAAGCCCUGCACGCCAACAACAUGCGCCUGGUCUACGGCGGCGGCACCGUCGGCCUGAUGGGCGAGGUGGCGCGCACGCUGGUCUCGCUGUCCGGUCCCGACGCCGUGCAUGGCAUCAUCCCGGCCGCCCUGGUCAAGCUGGAACAGAACUACGAGAAGGUCAUGGAGGAGCAGCAGCAGAACGGCAGCGCGGACAACAAUGGCGAGGUACUGAACGGCCCCGGCCCGAGGAAUGUCAUCGACGAGAAGAUCUACGGCCGCACGACCAUCGUCAAGGACAUGCACACGCGCAAGAGCAUGAUGGCGCAGGAGGUCAUUGCAGGCGGGCCUGGCGGCGGCUUCGUCGCGCUGAGCGGCGGAUAUGGCACGAUGGAGGAGCUGAUGGAGGUGACGACGUGGAACCAGCUGGGCAUCCACAACCGCGGUGUUGUCGUCUUCAACGUCGACGGCUACUAUGACGGCCUGAUCAGCUGGGUCAAGAACGCUGUUACUAGCGGCUUUGUCUCGCCUACCUGCGCCGGCAUCCUCGUCGAGGCUCUGUCUGCUGAAGAGGUCAUCCAAUGCUUGCAGGAAUACAAGAACGCCGAGGGCCGCUUCAAGCUGAACUGGAACGAGAACUGA